AACUUUUAUUGUGCUAUUUAAACUUUUCUAAUUUAAACAUUACUUUAUACAUUAUUAACAGAUGAUGGAUCUUAUAACAGACAGCACAAAGUUUUUGGAUCGUUUAGCAGGCAAUACCGAGCAUUUCAGAAAUGCGAUGACUAAAGCUGGAGUCAUUGUCAGCGGCGAUAACCAUCCUAUUUGUCCUGUUAUGUUGGGUGAUGCAAAAUUAGCAACAACAUUUGCAGAUAAAAUGAUGGAAAAGGGAAUUUACGUCAUUGGAUUCAGCUAUCCCGUGGUACCAAAAGAUAAAGCAAGAAUAUGUGUUCAGAUUAGCGCAGCGCACUCGACCGAAGAUAUAGAUCGUGCGGUAGGUGCUUUCAUACAAAUUGGAAAAGAACUUGCG